AUGCGUCCUACGUUUUGGUGCCGUUGGUUUAGCGCCGGUGCGUCGCCGGAGAAUGAAAUCCUACCGCAUAGUACCGUUCGCCGGUUGGUGCGAGGCUCAGAAUGCAAUGAAAACAACAACAAAGCGCAAACCAGCCGAAGAUCACUGCCAUUGGAACACCAGCGGCCGCGGGAUGGGCCAAAGUUGAAUGAAAUGAACGUGCAGAUGCUGUCCCGGUCGCUGCAUCGUCAGAUAUUCGGAUGUGGCUCAACCUCGCCGGCGCCGGCAGAAUACCCGGGAACUGUGAAAUCACUGCGCGAUGAGCUUUUACGCCACGGGCUGGAUGUUUCCCGGCCCGUAGUGCUGCCGGAAGUAGAUCUUACAUUACCACCCCUGCGUGGUGCAAAUAUUGAGGAACAUUUUUGGUCGAUUGCCGAAGAACAGUGUGAACCUUUUCUUCGUGCGAUCGAAACUCUCCCCGAGGAAGUGCCAAAUACCCCGACCAACUGGUCUCGUGCGCCCGGUUGGACACGGUACGAUGCACAAACAGGCGAAUCGAAGUCCGUACCCUUCCCCGACGAGCAGGCGCUGGUGUUCGACGUGGAGGUGUGUGUUCGAGCCGGUCCGGCGCCGACCAUGGCUACCGCGUUCGGUACCUCCGGCAGCUGGUAUUCGUGGACCAGCCCGCAGCUGACGGGAGAGGCAACCCGGCCGAACGACGGGCAUGGUGCACUUUACCAGCUGAGCGAUAUGAUUCCCCUCGAGAGCGAUUCCGUGCAGGAUGCGCGAAAAUCUUCAUCACGCGACACAUCAGCCUUACGGCCGCGAAUCGUGAUCGGGCACAAUGUUUCAUACGAUCGAGCAAGAAUACGGGAGCAGUAUUGGCUGGAACCGACACCGCUGCGCUUUUUGGACACGAUGUCGCUACACGUCUGCGUGAGCGGUGUUACAAGCUACCAGCGGGCGAUGCUUAAGUCGAAAAAGCUUGAAGAAAGCGGCGAGGAAUGGCUUGAGCAAGCGUCACUGAACAACCUAGCCGACGUCUAUGCGCUCUACUGCGAUGGUGCUACACUCACCGGUAAGUCCCGGCGGAACACUUUCGUAGACGGCACCCUGGAGGACGUGUCGGCCGACUUUAACAAUCUCAUGGCGUACUGCGCCGACGAUGUGCGAGCAACUCGUGCCGUGCUGGCACGCCUCUGGCCACUAUUUCGCGAGCGCUUCCCCCACCCGGCCACGCUCGCCGGCAUGCUCGAAAUGGGCAGCGCCUACCUGCCGGUUAAUGACAACUGGACACACUACCUCACCGAGGCCGACCUGAGCUACGAGGAUCUGGAUCUGGAGGCGAAGCAUCUACUCUCACAGCGGGCGGACGCUGCAUGCGCCCUAAUGCACGAUGACGCUUACCGGCGCGACCUAUGGCUGUGGGACCAGGACUGGAGCGUGCAGCAGCUGAAGCUGAAGGCGGCGCCGAAGCGUAAGAAAGCAACCAAAAACGAAUCGGAGUGUAAGAAGGAGGAGGAAGACGAAUGUACUGAGGAGGAGGAUCGUCUGGCGAGUAAGUUUGCGCAUCUCUACGAAACGGCCAGCAGACUCCCGGCCAGGCGCCCGUUGCUGCCCGGCUAUCCAGCCUGGUACCGAGCGCUCUGCUCCAAGCCUGAUGUAGUCAAUGACGAAGGUAGUCUGUGGCAACCAGGACCGGCGGCCAAGCUCGGCACCGGAUUGCAAAUUGCACCGAAGCUGCUAUCGCUUUGCUGGGAAGGCUAUCCGUUGCACUACAUCCGUGGGCACGGGUGGGGUUUCCUGGUGCCGUACCGGUACGAGCGCGAUCCCGAGCAGGAACCCGGGGAACCCCGGGUGCCGCUCGAGGAACUCGUCGCAGCCUGCCCCGUGAUGGAUUCGCGCCAUCCGGGUGCGUCACACAACGAAAGCACCGAAGCCCUGCAGCAUCUAUGGAAGAACGUCGAAGCGACAAUCAGCCGCAAAGAGUACUACGACCGGCGCAAAACGAAAUCGGUGCCAAGGCCAGAGCUCGGGUCGGGUGUAUGGUGCAACGUGGAGCUGGGCGGCUGUUGCUAUUUUUUCCAGCUCCCCCACAAGGACGGUGCCGGCCAUCGCGUUGGCAAUCCACUCUCGAAGGACUUCCUCGCCAAAUUCUCGGAGAACGUACUGGCGGGUGAUGGGCGAGCGGCCGAACGGGUCGUCGAGAUAGCCCGCAUGCUCUCCUAUUGGCGCAACAACCGCGAUCGCAUCCGGGGUCAGCUGGUGGUUUGGGAACGGUUGGCGAAGGGCGGCAAACAGUCGUCGUACGGUGCGAUCGUGCCGCAGGUGGUCGUGUGCGGAACGCUUACCCGGCGCGCAAUGGAACCCACGUGGAUGACGGCCAGCAAUGCGCAGCGGGAGCGCGUCGGAUCGGAGCUGCGCGCGAUGGUCCAGGCUCCGGCCGGGUAUCGCAUCGUCGGCGCGGAUGUAGACAGCCAGGAGCUGUGGAUCGCAUCCGUGCUGGGCGAUGCGGAUGUUGCGAGCGAGCUGUCCGGGAACCUGCACGGUGCGACCCCGUUCGGUUGGAUGACGCUGAGCGGCACCAAGGCCACCCGCACCGACAUGCACAGCGUGACCGCGGCCGCCGUCGGCAUCUCGCGCGACCACGCCAAGGUGAUCAACUACGCGCGCAUCUACGGUGCUGGUGUGCAGUUCGCCGAGCGGCUCCUCAAGCAGUUCAAUCCGACCUUCAGCGAGGCGGAGGCGCGCUCCAAAGCUACCAAAAUGUUCGCCCUCACCAAGGGCCGCAAGGUGUACCGGAUGCGGGAGGAGGUACGCGAGCAGUACCCCGAUGCCCCGCCCCACUCAUCGCCGUACGAAGCGCUCCGGCUGGCUCGGGCCUACAAUCGUCCCGUCGGCGAACUGUUCCAUCCACCGCGCUGGGUCGGCGGCACGGAAAGUGCCAUGUUCAACCGGUUGGAGCAGAUCGCCGGAAGCGAAGCACCGGUAACACCAUUUCUGGAUGGCCGCCUAAGCCGCGCACUCGAGCCACCUGGCGGUCGAUCGGCCGACGAUCGGUUUCUUCCGACGCGCAUCAACUGGGUGGUGCAGAGCGGAGCCGUCGACUUCCUGCACCUGAUGCUCGUCUGCAUGCGCUGGUUGAUGGGGGCGGACGGGCGCACGCGGCUACGUUUCUGCAUGAGCUUUCACGACGAGGUGCGCUACCUGGUGCCGGAGCGGUACGCACACCAUGCCGCCCUCGCCAUGCACGUCACGAACCUGCUCACCCGUGCCUUCUGCGCGCAUCGCGUCGGCUUCCGGGACCUGCCGCAAUCGGUUGCCUUCUUCUCGACAGUCGAGGUCGAUCGGGUGCUGCGCAAGGAGGCCCAGCACGACUGCCGGACGCCCUCCAACCCGCACGGACUGACCGCUGGCUACGGCAUCCCGGACGGCGAGUCGCUCGACAUCCACCAGACGCUAGCCCGGCUCGGUCCGAAGCGGAGCGACAUGAGCCGCUGGGCCUGGCACCGCGGCACCGGCACUGAGACCCCGGCCAACCCAGUUGCUGGUAGCUGAGAGCCUGGUGGAGCACAACCCUGCCUUACAAUUUAGCUGCAUGACGACGUGCUUUCUUCCCGCGAAUGCACAUGCGAAUGUUCGAUGUCUUUUUCACCUUCCCUAUUGCUCGUGGCGGUGAGAAUUGUGACCAGCUGUUGCCGAAUGGGGACGCAAUGCCCGACUCUACUAUUUACAUUUGCAGACCCUCCCGGUUAGCGAAUGAGUAAUAGUGUUGCUGAAUAAAUAAUAAUUCAUCGAAAAACGGAUGGCCGACGACUCUAGGACUUGGGAUUUUAAUGCUGAAUGUUUUAUGGCGCAACGUUGUUUGCGGGGAGCGGCCUAACGCUAAUGAGUAUUUAUUUUCUGCAUACAUUGAGCAGGCAGGUCAGGUCGAUUGGUGCUGGGUUUAGAAAGCGCUCGGUUCGGAUUGUUCAGUCCACCCCACGCGAUGGCCGCCAGCCGGCUGCUUUGUCCGGAGCAGCUGGUGUUGGUCCAGCUGCUGCUGAUACAAUACGGCACUGUUGUACGCACCUGCAAUCAACCGGUGAGCAUGCUCUUU